AUGCCUCAGGGAAGCUCCGUUGCACCGUCGUGGUUCACCAUGGUCAUCAACGAAGUGGUUAAAGGUCUGGACCAUGUGCUUGCAUACCUAGACGAUGUGAUUGUGUUUGACGCCGACCCCGGCCACCGUGUCGCCAACAUACGGUUAUUUUUGGAGCGUUUGCGCCAGUACAGCCUCGAGCUUUCUCCUCUUAAGAGUCGCCUCGGCGCUGAGGAGACUGUCCGUUAGGCCACACCAUCUGCCCUGCGGGUGUUAGUCCUCGUGCCGAUAAAGUCGAAGCCCUCUCAGAAUUCCGCUGCCAACCAACGAAAAGCAGCUGCGUUCCUUGCUGGGUGGGAUUUCGUAUUACCGCAAAUUCAUCAAGGGUUUGGCCGUGCGCGUGAAACCACUUACCGACCUCUUGCGUAAGGACGUGAAGUUUUGUUUUAGGUCGGCUAUGGCAGAUACUGUCAAAGAACUCUUGGCGAAACUGUCCGAAGCUCCGGUUUUGGCUUUCCCGGAUUGGGACGCUGUCGCGGAUGGCAGCCGCCCUCUCCGGCUUUCUUUACUGUGACGCCUGUGUGGAUGGCUUUGGUGUGGCUCUUGAACAGGAACAGGCCGAUGGUUCCGUUCGCCCCAUUCUGUUCGUUAGCCGCUCUACGCUCGAAUCCGAGCGCAAUUGGACAGUGCUCGAUUUGGAGGCUGGAAGUAUCGCGUAGGCAAUCGAACGCCUGCGCGUUUUUUUUUUGUCUACGCACUUUCUGAUUUAUUCUGAUCACAAGGCUUUGGAAAGCAUCGCCAAGGUGGGUGAACACAACGCCGGCGUUCAAAAUUGGCUCGAGUUCCAUUCCUCGUUCAAUUAUUCCCUUGUCUACAGCAAUGGCACUGCCAACGCCAAUGCGGAUUUUCUUUCGCGGUUGCCCUUGCCGGCGACCGACGCGGAUAGACACGGUGACAACAGCAUCGCAGUCGAUGACGCCGCGGGCGUUUGUAUCAUUCAUGCGUGCGGACGGAGUUAUCACUCUAGUUCGACGUCGAACAUUGCCAUGGCGCUUACUUCCACGGCCCGAUCCAAGAAUGGACUUGGGCCUGUUGGGCGUAAUGUGGGUGAAAUCAACUGAGGAUGAGGUUGCAUUCCUCGACCAAGCAUUUCUUUCAGGCGGUGGCCGACUAGUGUUUCUCCCAGUCGACAAGACUUUCCGCGCCGUGGACCUGUUUUGCGUCGAACCAGCGUACGCGAGCGCCCCACCUGGUGCAUGUCAUCGAUGUGCACGCGGGCCAAGUCAUCCAAUGCGAACGCAUAUUGAACGACAAAUACAGUUGGCGAUGGAUGGAGCACAACUGGGCUACGUUCGAUUGCAAGGCCCAUAUUUGUUGUUAUCUGUGGGUUUUAUGGACAUCUGUUCAUUUGUUCAUUGUAUCUAUCCGGUAACGAACUUCUUGUGGUCACGGAUGGCAUCCGCAGAAGUUGAAGCAGGACGGAUGAAUGUACUGAGCAGGGAUCGCAACGGAUUAUUACUCGAAGAACAACAACAACGACGGCAACUUGCUGGUGCGGCAUGUUCGCGUAGGCUUGGUUGUACCUCGGCACAUGGGAAACGACAUACUUCAGCUUGCAGAAUAGGCAGGUAGCAGUAUCAUCCAAACCAUCACCAAACACGUUCCGUUCUCCUAUUGAAACCGUCACCAUGAAGACAAGGCAUUUUAGCAGAGUACGAACGACGUAGUAGAUUAUUGUUGUUUGCAUGAACAGACAUGCCGCGUACAAGAACUGAAGUUGUUCGCGGCACACCGUCAUGCCCUACAAAUGGAAAAAUACAUGGUAUAAACAACCAACGUCGGAGAAAUACAGUGUACUGCCGUGGGGUAACCGUCGCCAACCUGGAAACGCCACCCGAAAUGUGACCCUUGAACGUUUGGCAUAGUAUCUGAAUGUUGCAAGAAGGGCAGCAUCGAUUGUUGCAGCAUGGGGGGUAAGGGCCACCCAUCCACGCCACGGACAAGAUCACUGGUUGGUUCUGUCGACUUCCCGCCAAAAUGGCUUCUUCGCUGUUCUCAUGUUUAGGAGUUGCGGCAUCCGAUCUUUUCUGGGUUGUUCCCGUUCCGUGUAGAGUCGGACAGUACGGAAUCACGAUUGUUUUUUGGCUAUUUUGUCAGGUUGUGACCAUGCUGUCCGGAUGGAUUCUGAGCACGGCCCGACGAGGUAGUUUAGCAUAAAUAGAACAUGAAUGCCAUCGUCAGCUUCCAUAUGGUCUAUUGUACCUGGAAUACCGCGCUUGAUGC